CCUCGCUUCCGCUUCUGCCCCAUCGCCCUCGCAAUUCUUCUCUGCUCGCGACGUCUCGCGAGUUUUGUAGGGUUCCAUUCAGCGUGUCCUCGCCCUGCCAUGCACCCCGUGCGGAUUUUACUUGACACCCACAAAACCCAGUUGAACAUCACGCAGCUUUCCCUGCGUGUCCGUGCUUUUGUGGUUUUAGGUUUUGAUAUGGUUUUGCGAGGGAGUAAGGAAUUGGGUGGAGCUGUGAGACGAUACGCGGAAAUGGGGUUUGCGAUGUGCUGACGAUUCGUGGGCGGGGAGGGAGGGGGUUUGGAGGUGCUCUUCUGAAGUCUGUGGCUCUGCCGUGCGAGUCGAGGAUGGCGGGCGCCAUGCCUGGGCAGCUGAAUCUAGACGAGACUCCAACGUGGGGGUCGCGGAGCGUUGAUGUGUAUGAGAAAAUUGAGCAGAUUGGAGAGGGGACUUAUGGGCAAGUUUACAUGGCGAAAGACAAAGUUACGGGCGAAGUUGUUGCGCUGAAGAAAGUUCGUAUGGACAAUGAGAAAGAAGGGUUUCCAAUUACAGCCAUCCGGGAAAUCAAGAUCUUGAAGAAGUUGCAACAUGCCAAUGUCAUCAAAUUGAAGGAGAUUGUGACGUCUAAAGGUCCUGAGAAAGAGGACAACAUCAAGCCAGGUGAUGCGAGUAAGUUCAAAGGCUCUAUUUACAUGGUGUUUGAGUACAUGGACCAUGAUUUGACUGGCCUUGCUGAUCGGCCUGGGAUGCGCUUCUCUAUUCCCCAAAUCAAGUGUUACAUGAAGCAACUUCUCACGGGCUUACAUUACUGCCACGUGAAUCAAGUUCUUCACAGGGAUAUUAAGGGUUCAAAUCUUCUUAUUGACAACAACGGUAUUUUGAAGCUUGCCGAUUUCGGGCUUGCAAGGUCUUUUUCUAACGACCAGAAUGGUCAACCAUUGACUAAUCGGGUCAUUACCCUUUGGUAUAGGCCCCCUGAGCUGUUAUUGGGUUCCACCAAGUACACUCCAGCCGUGGACAUGUGGUCAGUGGGAUGUAUUUUUGCCGAGCUUCUCAACGGGAAACCCAUUCUUCCCGGAAGGAACGAGAGCGAACAGUUUCAGAAAAUUUGCGAACUCUGUGGGUCUCCAGAUGAGACCAACUGGCCUCGUGUCAGCCAGUUGCCUUACUACAAUCAAUUCAAGCCUGAGAGGCUAAUGAAACGCCGUGUGAAGGAUGUUUUCAAGCAUUUUGACCGACAUGCUCUUGAGCUCUUGGAGCGCAUGUUAACGUUGGAUCCUGAUCAUCGAAUUUCUGCCAAGGAUGCUUUGGAUGCUGAAUACUUCUGGGUUGAACCUUUUCCAUGCCAACCUAGCAGUUUGCCUAAAUAUGAAGCUUCUCAUGAAUAUCAAACCAAGAAGAAGAGGCAGCAACAGCGGCAACAGCAAGAGGAGCAGGCAAAACGCAUGAAAGUCUUACACCACCCAGCUCCACACACACGAUUGCCACCAAUUCAGCAACAACCUCUACGUCCUGGUCCUCAUCAACCUGGACACAACCUUGGGCCACCAAUUCAUGCAAAUGGCAUGGCUAAUCAGCACAACAAUUACAAUAGGGGUCAAGGAGGCAGUAAUCAAGGCCGAGCUCCUGGAGGUGGACGCCCUCCACACGGAGGACCAAAUCAAAAUGGUGGAUAUGGAGGACCUAACCGUGGUGGACCUGGCGGGGCUUAUGGAGGGCCUGCCCAACCUGGUGGAUUUGCAGCUCCCAACAUGGGGCACCAGGGUGGAAGGGGUGGCGCCUACGGUGGGCCUGCUGGAGGGGUUUAUCCUGCUGGUCCGUAUGGCGGUGGUAGAGGGCCUCCAGUCGGUGGUCGAGGACAGCAGUUUGGUGGCAUGCCUGGUGGACCUCAGCCUCCUGCUUAUGGUGGUCAGCAUUACAUGCAGCAGCCAACAGCGCAGUAUGUAGACAUUGAUGGGGCAUAUGCCCGAGCAUCUCACUCCGGAUUUCAACCUCCCUCUCCUCAUCGACCUGAUUACCGGCAGCAACAACGUUAGUUGUGCAUUGGAUUUUUAAAUGUUCUCGUCUCUGGGUUCAAGGAAGCUAGGAAGACGAAAGAUGAAAAGAGGGUUAGGGAAACCUGUUGUAACUUUAUACGCUUUUUGUACAGUGAUUCGCAGCCACAUAAUUAGCAGUAGGUCGGAGUUUAGGUGGUCAUGUAUCGAAAAGAAAUGCAUGUACGGUUGAAAGUGCUCAAAUUAUUAUUCCUCCCUUUUCUUGGACUUAAUUAUUCAUGAAUUUUUCCAUUGCCAUGACAGCUCUGAACUAAUGUUACUUGAUACUUUUGCAAUUA